AUGGCGGCAGCCACCUCAGGUGCCACAGCCUGUCCAGUCAACAUUUCAGCACCUGUUGACCGUACCCUCAGUGACAUCCAGGAAAAUUUUCUGUGGCCCGUUCUGUUAGCUGAGUUCUUGGUGGCCCUGGCUGGCAAUGGCCUGGCCCUAUACCGUUUCAGCACAAGGGAGCCUCGCCCAUGGCACCCAGUUGUGGUCUUCUUGGUCCAGCUGGCAGUCAGUGACGUGCUCUACGCCCUGACACUGCCCCCUCUGGCUGCCUACUUCUACCCCCCCAAACACUGGCGCUAUGGGGAGGUUGCAUGCCGCCUGGAGCGCUUCCUCUUCACCUGCAACCUACUGGGCAGUGUCAUCUUCAUCACCUGCAUCAGCUUCAACCGCUACCUGGGUGUUGUCCACCCCUUCUUCACCCGCAGCCACCUGCAACCAAAGCAUGCCUGGGCCAUCAGCGCUGCUGGCUGGGUGGUGGCAGCCCUGCUGGCGGCCCCCACACUCAGCUUCUCUCAUCUGAAGGGGCCACAGCAAGAAGGCAACUGCACUGUGGCUAGGCCCGAGUCUUGUAUCAAGUGCCUGAGUUCAGCAGACGACGACAAUUUGGAGGCCUACAGAGCCUACAGCCUGGUGCUGGCGACCCUGGGCUGCGGCCUGCCAUUGUUGCUCACCCUGGCCGCCUACAGUGCCUUUGGGCAUGCUCUGCUGCGCAGCCACAGCAUGACGGUGGCUGAGAAGCUGCGGAUAGCAGUGCUGGUAGCCAGCGGUGUGCUGCUCUACGCUAGCUCCUAUGUGCCCUACUACGUCACCCGGGUGCUCAACAUACAUGCCCGGCAGCGGUGGAGAGCCCGCUGUCCAGACUUUGUGAACAACACCCAGGCCAUGGCAGAGCUGGAGUGGGGGACCUAUGUGAGUCACCAGGUUGCACGAGGCCUCAUCCCCCUGGCCAUCUGCAUCCACCCACUGCUCUACAUGGCUGUUGCGCCCAGCCUAGGUUCCUGUCGCCAACACUGCUUCAGCUGCAACAAGAGGCAAACCUCAGAAGACUCUAAGAGCCCCAGCCAAGUCCUGUCUCUUGGUGUCAUAGCUGGUCCUCGACCCACAAGGCCAGUCCCCUAA